GAUAUCGAAGAUCUAAAUGAGGUGAUGGAGCAGCUUGCUCAACUUGUACAUGCUCAGCACGAUGUUGUUGACAGUAUCGAGGAGCAUAUCGAAAUGGCCCACCUCGAUGUCCGUUCGGCUCACCGAGAUCUGAAGAAAGCCCAAGCUGCGCAAACAGCCAAAUAUCCGUUGGUAGCUGCGGCAGUGGGUGGUGCAGCACUGGGUGGACCUGUUGGUAUUGCUGCUGGUUCCACAGUUGCUGGCAUAUUUGCUGCACUUGGUGGAGCUGUUGCAGGCCAGUUCUUUAUUUGCGGCCUUUUUCAUGCACCAGCAACUUCCUCUUUAUCGGGUCAUAGAAGCCGAUAUCGACAACUGACACAUCACAUACCUUCAAAAACCUCUCUACCAUUUUUACCUAACAAAAAACACACUACAAUUUAA